AUGUCGGCCGAGACGAGCGGCGCCUCGAGGUCGAGCUCCAACUCGGGCCACCGUAAUCUCCCAGGGGGUAUGUUGGCAAGCACCCACGUUGCAAGCGGCUACUGGAUCGUAACUGCCGGCCUCGAAACCCUGCUCGACAGGAUCCUUGGAAAUAUCGAGGACGGGGUACUCCAUGGCGAGGUGGCCCUUGUAGUGGUCCUGGACCGCGGGGAAGAAGCCGGCCGAGAUGUUGGUAGCCCCGAGCUGCGGCCAUCCAAGCGGCAGGGGCGCCUCCAAGGAACCGAGCAUGAUAGUGCGGUUUAUGGGAUAGCAUUGCCCAUUGAGGGCUGGCAGCGCUCGCUAAACCUGGCCCCAUGGGAUUCCCCUCACGGAACCCGCACGCUCCUGCAGGUGAUCGGCCCAGCCGACAAGGCCCCAAGGCCGCUCACUCAGCUCAAUUCUCCCUCGCCGCCCAGCUCCGAAUCGCAGCAGCCGCAGCCCGAGGCUGAUCCGGUAGGCGAAAAGCCCUUGGAGUUGGGCAGCAACACCUUUCUGUUCCUAGGCGAGACCUCCACGCCACUACUCGACCAACACUAUGGCACACCACCACCGCUGCCCGCUCUCUAG